UACGCAAUUCGACAAACUUGGCUAUCCGUCUUCAUCGCAUGUUGCACUACAUCGCUCAAACGUGCUAAAUAUGAAGGACCCUAAAAAUUCUACCAAUAACUUGCUUAUUCAGUAUUACUUCGUCCGCGGCCAUAGCGAGGAACAGGAGGUUGAAACUGUGGUGGAGAGUGAAAACAUGAUUCAUGGGGAUAUUCUAAGACUGAACUACACAGAAUCCUACUCUUUGUUAGUACAAGACACUCUGGAUUCGCUAAGAUUUGCUUCAACAUUAAACGCCAAGUUUGUGGUCAAAAUAGACGAUGAUGUGUACUUAGAUGUCUGCAGGAUGGUUUGGCGAUUGCAAACUACUUCUUUACCCGAUAUGUUGUACGGAGGAACUCUGCUUUAUAAUUCACCUGCUGACGGGAUCCAAGGCACAAGUAUUAUCAGUCACGAGGAUUUCAAUGACACGACAUAUCCUGUUUACUGCAAUAAUCCAUUCUACAUCAUGUCUAAAAAAGUUGUUCUUGAGUUUCUCAACGCGUCUAAAAUCAUUCGCUCAUUUAAAAUGGAAGAUGCGUAUUUAGGAGUAUUGGCUAAAUAUUUGGGUAUCAUUCCUACCCAGCUAGAUGGAGAAGGAACUUUGAUAAGACUAUGGCUUCUGCAAUUGGAGAUAAUUUGGGAUGAUGCGACGUUUAAUGAAACUUUUGAAGUAGGGGAUAGUUUAUCACCUGAAAGGCUGUUUGCUAUUAACGAAAGAUAUCUGAAACUUGAAACCGGUUUUAAUUAA